AUGGCAGGUGCACCAGGUGAUUUUGAUAGUGAACUGCUUGGGAAGCCGGGUUCCAAAGGUGAUCGAGGUCUACCAGGCCCCCGAGGAGAGAAGGGGGCACCUGGGGACCUGGGGGAACCUGGAGAUCCUGGAGAAGAUGGAGCCAAAGGAUCACCUGGGAUCAAAGGGGAAAAGGGUUCACCUGGGGUUGGCCUACAAGGACCUCCAGGGCAGAUUGGGCCUCCAGGUUUGAAGGGAGACCCUGGUUUACCUGGGCUACCAGGACCUCCAGGUUCAGCAGGUGUGGCAGGGACCCCAGGCCAGCCAGGCCUGAGAGGAGAAAAUGGACAGACUGGCGCACCAGGGCCUCCAGGAGAGCGGGGUCUGAUUGGCUUUCCUGGACGAGAUGGCACUGCAGGAGCUCCAGGACCAUCUGGACCACCAGGGCCAGCAGGUUCACAAGGCACCCCUGGCCUGAAAGGUGAUAAGGGUGACACAGGUAUUGGACUGCCAGGUUCUAGAGGUGAGCGAGGAGAUCCAGGGCCACGGGGUGAAGAUGGGCGCCCAGGCACGGAGGGAGAUCGGGGACCUCCGGGACCUCCAGGAAACAGAGGGGAGAGAGGUGACAAAGGAGAUAUUGGAACUGUAGGGCCAAAGGGAGACAAGGGUGAUACUACUGUUGUGGAAGGCCCACCAGGUGCUCGGGGGAACAAAGGGGAACCGGGAGACCGUGGCCUAAAAGGGAUGGAAGGAGAGAAAGGUGACAAAGGAGAUCAAGGCAUCUCUGGAGAAAAGGGAGUGAGAGGUGAGCAAGGUGAAAAGGGGUCAUCAGGAUUUCCAGGAGCACGAGGUCCUGGAGGGCAAAAGGGAGAAGUUGGUGAGUCAGGAGAGCCAGGAGAGCCGGGGCAACCCGGAAAGGAUGGUAUCCCAGGAUCCAGAGGGGAGAAAGGAGACAUGGGGCCAAUUGGAAUGCGAGGUUCAAAGGGGGAUCGAGGAAUGAAAGGAGCCUGUGGCCAGGAUGGAGAUAAGGGGGAGAAGGGAGAACCAGGCCUGUCAGGUCGAAUGGGGCUUCCCGGGAGGAAGGGUGAGCCCGGGGAAACGGGCAUGUCUGGAACCCCAGGAAUCCCUGGGAAAGAAGGCCUCAUAGGACCCAAGGGUGACAGGGGAUUUGAUGGGCAGCAAGGCUCCAAAGGAGACCAAGGAGAGAAAGGGGACAGGGGUGCACCAGGCGCUAUUGGCUCCCCAGGGCCCAGAGGCAGUGAGGGACCUCCAGGCCCCCCUGGGCCCCCUGGAAGCAUUGGUCCAAAAGGCCCAGAAGGCAUUCAAGGACAGAAGGGUGAAAGAGGGCCCGCAGGAGAGUCAGUUUUAGGACCCCAAGGAAUUUCAGGUGUCCCAGGAGAAAGAGGACCACAGGGAAAUCAAGGGCCUGGUGGCCCCAGAGGAGAGAAGGGAGUACCUGGCAUGACGGAAGAAGAAAUCCGUCUGUUUGUCAGGUCAGAGAUGAGUCAGCACUGCGCUUGUGGAGGCCAGUUCUCCCCUCCAGAUACACGUGUCCUCCCCAACUAUCCAUCCACCCAACCACUCCCGUCUGUUAACGCUCAAAUAGUACCUGUGCUUAAGUUGUCCCACACUGAGGAAGGGGAAGGGGACCACGCACGAAACAUAGUGAACAUAAAUGAACCAGAAUAUGAGUACUUCUACACAGAGGACUAUGAAGAGGGCAUGGAAGCAGAUGGGACAGAGAGUCCUUUGCUAAGGGAUGCUGACGCGUGUGCCUUGCCCUUGGACGAGGGAGACUGCAACAACUACACAUUAAAGUGGUACUAUAACCAAAGAGUAUCUGAGUGCCGACCCUUCAUCUACAGUGGCUGCAGAGGGAAUCGCAACCGCUUCAACUCCAGGGAGGCCUGUGAGCAUCGAUGCAGGCCACAAGCAGCCGCAAUGAACUAG